AUGGUGGAUGUGAGGUGUCUGAGCGACUGUGAGUUGCAGAACCGACUGGAGGAGCUUGGAUUUUCACCCGGCCCCAUCCUACCUUCCACCAGAAAAGUGUACGAAAAAAAGGUACUGCAAUUGUUGGCCUCCGCUCCCUGUGCCUCACCUGCCCCGAGCAGACGUGUGAAGCUCCAGGAGUCUCCGGACAGUGACGACAGUGAAGAGCUUAGUAUCGUUUUGAAAGGAAAUAUCAGACUCUCUGCAGAAAAAAGCAAGGAACUCAAAAAAAGACCUGAGCCUUCUGCAAGCAAAAUGAAAUCUCGAGAUGCCUGCUGCCUGGGUCGUAAGCUGGCCACGGGGAUCAGGUGUGCUGCGAGACCCUGCAACUCCAGAGUCCUCAGACCCAAGGCGGGGGGUGUCGCCAGAAAGCCCUGCGCCCCAGACCAGAGCGAGGGGAUCGGCUUCCCCGUGGGCUUGAAGCUCGCGGUGCUCGGCAUUUUCAUCAUCGUGGUGUUCGUCUACAUCACCGUGGAGAAGCGGCCGCUCUUCGGUUAA